GUCUCCUACGCGGGAACAGCGAUGGGCAGCACGGCGAGUGUCGUGAAAAUCUGUUGUGGAGACGAAGAGGAUGUGGGGAAUACGAAAAAUCAUAACAAUAAUACUUGCGGGCCGCAAAUCGCCGGCAAACAGAACAGUGUUAGUGAAGGUAGACACCUGAAAAUGGAACUGGAAAGGGACCGCCUGGGCUUGUGGGGCAGCGGCGACAACGUUACACUAGGGAUGGCCAGCGGGAUAGACCGGAUAAAGCACCCCGGACUGAACAAGGGUAUGGCUUUCACAUUCGAAGAACGUCAGAUUCUUGGUAUCCAUGGCCUCCUACCGCCUACGGUGAAGUCGCAAGACGAGCAACUUGAUCAUUGCAAAGCGAACCUCGACAGACUGGACGAUAAACUCAACAAAUAUAUUUAUUUAACGGGACUUCUUGAUCGCAAUGAAAAGCUAUUCUACAGCUUUGUACGUAAAUAUGUUAAGGAGAUCAUGCCUUUGGUCUAUACUCCAGUAGUAGGUUUGGCUUGCCAGAAUUUUGGUCUCAUCUACAGACGCCCAAGGGGCUUAUUUAUCACGAUUUAUGAUAAAGGACAUGUUUACGAUGUUCUGAAAAAUUGGCCUGAAAGCGACGUCCGAGUCAUUGUAGUGACUGAUGGCGAGCGUAUCCUUGGUCUUGGGGACCAAGGAGCGUGCGGUAUGGGCAUCCCCAUCGGUAAACUGUCGCUAUACACAGCCCUGGCGGGUAUCAAGCCUCACCAAUGCCUCCCUAUCACCAUUGACGUAGGGACCAAUAACGAAAAACACUUGAAGGACCCCUUGUACAUUGGCUUAAGACAGAACAGGGUCCGGGGCCAGGAAUACGACGACUUAAUAGACGAAUUCAUGCAAGCGGUAGUCACAAGAUUCGGCCAGAAUUGCCUCAUCCAAUUCGAGGACUUCGGGAAUGCGAAUGCUUUCCGUUUCCUGGAGAAAUACCGCCACAGUUACUGCACAUUCAACGACGACAUCCAGGGCACCGCUAGCGUAGCCGUUUCUGGUCUUCUAGCUUCUCUCCGGAUCACCAAGAAGAGACUAUCUGAUAACGUCCUGGUGUUCCAAGGAGCUGGCGAAGCCAAUCUGGGCAUAGCUCAACUGAGUGUGAUGGCCAUGAUGGCUGAGGGAACUUCUGAAGCGGACGCUAGGUCUAAGAUUUGGAUGGUGGACUCUAAAGGUUUGAUUGUUAAGGACAGACCGGAAGGUGGGAUAUCCGAAAAUAAGGCUCUGUACGCGCACCCACACGCGCCUGUAAAAACUCUGACUGAUGUGGUGAAGACCAUCAAGCCGUCCAUUCUGAUCGGAGCGGCUGCGAUCGGUGGCGCCUUUACUACGGAGAUUUUGCAAGAGAUGGCUAAGAAUAACCCUCGACCUGUUAUUUUCGCUUUGAGUAAUCCUACGAAUAAGGCAGAGUGCACCGCUGAGCAAGCCUACACAGUUACCAAUGGUACGGUUAUUUUCGCAAGUGGCAGCCCCUUCGAGCCCGUGACAGUAAAUGGAAAAACAUUCCACCCCGGCCAAGGAAACAAUUCUUACAUUUUCCCAGGAGUCGGUCUAGGCGCUAUUUGCGCGGGAAUCCGAACUAUCGGAGAGGAUCACUUCCUCAUCGCGGCAGAGGCUUUGAGUAACCUGGUGACCGAAGAAGAUUUGGAUCAAGGGAGCAUAUAUCCACCUAUAUCUAAGAUCAUUGAAUGCUCCAUCAAGAUCGCUACCAGACUCGUUGAAUAUUCUUACAAAAAAGGUAACGCUUCAGUCUAUCCGGAACCCAUCGAUAAAGACGCGUUCAUUAGGGCCCAAACGUACAACACAGACUACGAACCUGCUAUACCCAGGAUAUAUUCUAUCCCUAAGCUAUAACGUAUUAAGAUUCAUGUCUAAAUUAAUUUAUCAUACUUGGAACAACUCACACACGAUGUUCUAUAUGUUGUAAAAUGUAAAUAUCCACACAUCUCGAUGGUGACUUAAGCAAACAAUAAGGGUGUAUGAUGUAGGUAAUUGCUAAAGGAGUUUUAUCACUGUAAUGUUAUUUUUAAUAUAUGACUUAUUUAUUUAUAAAUUUGUAAUAGUUUAUAUGAUUUUGUUUAGU